CGAAGGUCAGGGAGGGGGAGGAAAAAGAAAGAACCGUGAUCGGGAUCGGGAUCGAAAGUCGGGGGGGGGGAGGAAAAAGAAAGAAAAACGAGAGAGAGCGAAGGCAUGAGUUCAUCGGUGGGAGAAAAGGGGGGUGGGGUAGAAAUGGGGGGUAGGAGUGUGGUGGAGGGGGCCAACGGCGAUGUAGAGAACGGCAUCACCGUUCGAAAACGCGCUCUAUACACAACGUUCCGCGUGCAGGCCGAUGCGCUUCUGCGGAAGAACUUAACUCUUCAGAGGAGAUCUUGGUGCAUGAAUACCUGCCUGGUCUGUUUCCCCGUCGUGCUAUGUGUUCUCAUCGUCGUUUUCCAGGCUCUCAUUGAUAGCAUGUUGAAAGGUGAGGAUGGGUUGAGUUGUGGCUGUCUGUGUCUCGACGAGAAUAGAAUGGGCGAUUGUAAGACGAGGAACACUAGUCUUUGUGGGUUGUACUAUUCUGACAGCCCCUACUUUUGCGAAAUCAAGCACCCCUUCGAGACCCCCCCGCUUCUGCAAAUACCUGUUUGCUACGACGAGGAGAAAGUGGAUGACCUCUCGGAGUGCCAAGUGCCGAAGAGCUUGGACGUUCCGUACACAGCGUCCAAGGAGAGUGUCGACAACGCGAAGGCCAUCGCGCAGUGGAUUUUCGAACCCAUGCCCUCCACGGCGGAUGACUUUGCGGCUUUGCUGACUGGGAAAGGGCAGGUCUCACCUCUGCAAGUGAUGAGUUCUCUUGUUCUGGGCACCGAUACGCCUCCAGAAA